UUGCCAAUAGAGGUCACCAACCUGUUCCUAACUUCAUUUAGCCAAUUCAUUGCGGCAAAAUUAGCAACAAAACAGUGACGUACGUGGUGGUAAGAAAUUCAGGACAAAGUGUUAUUCUUUCCCAAAAAUAAUAAAGGAAUUGGAAUUAAGUAAAGUGAAGACAUAGGUUUUGCCGAAUUAUGUCAGAUUUACCAAUUGAACUUGAAUUUCCUGUGUGGGGUCUAUUGCCGAAAAAGGAAACAGCAGUUGUCUCGUUCCUAAACAAAUAUCCUGAUUAUGAUGGACGAGGAACAAUUAUAGCAAUUUUUGAUUCAGGUGUUGAUCCCGGCGCCCCUGGUUUACAAAAAACCUCUGAUGGAAAAGUUAAAGUUAUUCAUAGAUUUGAUUGUAGUGGCUGCGGGGAUGUUAAUACAAGUACAAUUGUGCAGCCUAAUGAUUCAUGCAUCACGGGGAUCACUGGCAGGAAGCUCAAGAUCCCAACAACAUGGAAAAAUCCUACCAAUAACUACCGAAUUGGCGUAAAACACGCCUAUGAUUUGUAUCCCGAGAGACUAGAGGAACGUAUGGCGUCCGAAUACAAAGAAAAAAAGUGGGACGAGAGCCACCGAAAGGCCGUGGCUGAAGCCAGCAGAAAACUAAUUGAGUUUGAUUCCAAGCAUACAAGUUCAAAUUUAUCAGACACUGAGAAACUAAUGAAAGAGGAUCUUGAAGCUAAGUUAGAAAUUUUAACAAACAGUGAAAAAAAAUUUCAUGACGCUGGACCCAUUUACGACUGUGUUCUUUUUCACGAUGGCGAAAAGUGGAAUUGUUGCGUAGACACGACCGAACAGGGAGAUUUAGAAAAGUGUCCCGUUCUAGGGGAAUAUAGCUUGACUCAGAAUUAUGCACCGCUGACACCAGCGGACAAUUUAAACUUUAGCAUGAAUGUGCAUGAUAAUGGAAAUAUUCUAGAGUUGGUUGGUUUAUGUUCGAGUCACGGUACUCAUGUUGCAUCCAUUGCUUCUGCUUAUUUUCCCAACAAUCCAGAACAGUGUGGGGUUGCUCCUGGUGCUCAAAUUGCCUCAUUUACCAUAGGUGAUGGUAGAUUGGGUUCUAUGGAAACUGGUACCGCUUUAGUUCGAGCUAUUAUCAAAUUAAUGGAACUAUCAAAACAACAAAAGAUCCAUGUUAUUAACAUGAGUUAUGGAGAACAUGCUCACUUUUCAGAUUGCGGGCGCAUAGGAGACUUGAUGAAUGAAGUAGUUAAUAAGUAUGGCGUUGUGUGGGUCGCGUCCGCCGGAAACCAUGGGCCCGCGUUGAGUACCAUCGGUACUCCGCCUGAUAUCAGCCAAGAAACUAUAAUCGGUGUAGGAGCUUACGUUUCGCCUGAAAUGAUGGUAGCAGCUUAUUCCAUGCGUCAGAAAUUACCAGGUAUGCCGUUUACCUGGUCGUCCAGAGGUCCAUGCAUAGAUGGCGGCACCGGUGUGACUAUUUGCGCACCAGGUGGCGCUGUGACUUCAGUUCCUAAUUGCACCCUCCGCUUCUCUCAACUGAUGAACGGUACUUCAAUGGCAUCACCGCACGUCGCCGGUGCUGUCAGUGUAGUAUUGUCAGGGCUUAUCCAGCAAAAUUUACCGUAUUCGCCAUAUAGUGUUAAACGGGCAAUAGAAAAUACAGCUUGUUUAUUGCCAGGCGUUGAAGUAUUUGCUCAAGGAAGUGGGUUACUUCAAGUAGAUAAAUGCUUCGAUUUCUUAGUAGAUAACCACAAUGUACAAGAAAGUAACAUUCGUUUUCAUAUUAGUUGCGGCUCGUCGAAUUCUAAAGGGAUUUACUUGAGAUCAAAACCGACUAACACGUGUUCUUCUUAUAACAUCUCGGUGGAGCCGAAUUUUCUAGACGCUGAUAACGUAGACGCUGAAAUUAAGAUAAAGUUCAACAUGAAACUAGCUCUAGUUUGUAAUGCUUCGUAUGUUAGUUGUCCAACGCACUUGGACGUAUCAAAUGCAAGCCGAGUGUUCGCUAUCAAAGUAGAUCCGACGGAGUUACCUGUUGGCGUUCACAGUACGUUUAUUCAAGCAUUUGACGUAACUUGCAUUACCAAAGGACCUGUUUUUAAGAUACCGAUUACUGUAGUACAACCGAUGGAACUGACUUCUCCAAAACAUACAGUUUCAUAUAACUCUAUACUUUUUAAACCGAACACAAUCAAAAGACACUUUUACGUAGUACCACAUUUUGCUACUUGGGCUGUUCUGCGCAUGUCUUCUACAGACCCAAAAGGUGUGGGACGGUUUGUGGUCCAUUCCAUGCACUUGUUGCCGAAGCAAAGCUGCAAAACCUUAGAAUCCAACAAAGCGGUUACCGUUAAUGCAAAUGCCGACUCGAUAAUUAGUUUUCAAGUCCGAAGUAACACAGUCUUAGAGAUUGUCAUUGCCAAAUAUUGGGCGAAUUUAGGUGAGAUGAACUUAGACUAUUCCAUAUCGUUCUAUGGAGUUAAGGCGAACCAACAAGGGAUCACCAUGCACGCAGCAGAUGGUAUACAUUCAGUCGAAGUUACGUCGCUGCAAGGAGAAGAAAUCCUACCAUCGGUAACUUUGAAAAAUUCCGUCCAAAUUUUGAAACCUAGUGAAGGGAAAGUGUCGCCUCUCACCACAAGAGAUGUCAUACCUCCGAAUCGUCAAAUCUACGAACUGCUUUUAGUUUAUAACUUUUCAAUAACUAAAGCGACUGAGGUGUCUCCAAACAUAGCGCUCUUGAGUGAUGUUUUGUACGAGUCAGAAUUUGAAUCGCAGCUAUGGUUGUUGUUCGAUUCAAACAAACAACUUCUAGGUUGUGGCGAUGCGUAUCCUUCAAAGUAUUCCAUAAAACUGGAAAAAGGAGAUUACGUGGUCAGGCUGCAUGUUAGACACGAGAAAAAAGAGCACCUCGACAAACUAACUGAAGUACCUCUUCUUUUACAACAAAAACUAAGUACCACAAUUACUUUGGACGUUUAUAGUAGUUAUUCUCAGGCAGCAAUAGCUGGUAAAAAGUCUAACGUAUCUCAUGGAUUACACUCCACAGUAAUGCCUUUUUAUAUCGCUCCGUUACCUACCGAUAAAUUUGUAGCUAAAUCAAAUAAUCCUGCUCAUCUAUUGACCGGAUAUAUUACAUAUUGUAAAGAUGACUUGGGCAAGAAAGUGGAUUCCCACCCCUUCAAAUAUAUCUUGUUUGAUAGCUCGUCGAAGAAGUCUUCAAAUGGAGCGAGUAGUAAUUCAGACAAGUCUAAAUUAGACGAAUGUAAAGAAGCAGUAAGAGAUAUCAAGACUCAGUUUUUGAGCAAAAUGGGUAUUUUACGACUUUCAUAUUUGUAUACCUAUGUAUAUGUGUUUUCGACAAUUUCAGACGCUACUACUGCGGAGAAGAUGUACGAAGAAUUUGUUAGCGACUACCCCGAUCAUCUACCUUUCCACACCGCGUUCUUGCAAGUAUUGGACCCUUUGGACGUUAAGAGAGCUUUCCCGACGCUGACAUCCAAAAAUUACCAAAUUAAUAAAGAUGCGCAGAGUAAAAUAAUCACAAUAUGCGAAAAAGCUUUAGACAAUAUUAGCGAAGAUAGUAUUCUCGCAUUCACCGCUAUGAAGACGGAUUUACGACCUGAAGCAUCCAAAAUCAAAACAUCCAUGGAUCAAAAGAAGAACGUUUAUUUAGAAUGCUUGUGUCGAAAAGGAAUCGCUUUGUGUAGACAAUAUUUCGCUGAAGAUAACGAAAAAAGUGAUAUAUUAGAGUCCGUUUCCAAGAUUUGGAAAAGUUUAGUACGAUUUGUUGACCCAAGUGAUUCAAAGGUGGUGACGACUUACGUCAUAUACUUCUUGCUGUGGCAUGCGCGAGUGCAUCAACAAUUAGGUAGAUUGUUGAAGUACGCAGUCAGACUUCAAGAUGAAAGACCUAGCAAGGAUUUAGAAGAAAAGAUAAUAGAACUUUGCAAAUUGAACGACUGGGAAUAUUUGGCGUCUCACAUUCUGAGAAAUUUACCCUCAAAAUUUCCCUCAGCAUAUAGACCUUUUUAAACAAUAAUCAUAAUUAAGCAAUGUUAAGUAUUUUCACGUAAUUAAUUGCAUUUAGCAUAAUUAUUAUUUUGUGUUACGGGUAGUUGUUAUUUGUUUUGUUAACAUAAUGAAAAAAUUCGAUCGCCUUUGUCUUGUAUAUAUAGGUACAUUUAGUUCUGAGAUGAAUGAACACGACAUAUGAUACAGAAGUGCAUGCUUAUUCCCCUUUUUUAAAAUCAGAGUGAUAUUUAUGUUACUAUCUACUGUUACCUGUGCUGUUGGAGUGAAGUCGAUUAAAAUUAAAAGUAAACAA